UAUAUAUUAAUUACAUUGUUAUCAGAACAGUAAUUUAAAUACAUAGAGUUACAUGUUUUUAGAGAAGUAAAUAAUAUGACAGUUAACUGUAUGCUUUGUGAAAAAAGAGCUGUAUUAAAAAGACCAAAAAAUGGAAAAAAACUCUGUAGGGAAUGUUUUUAUAAAGUUUUUGAAGAAGAAAUCCAUGAAGCAAUUGUAACAAAUGAAUUAUUUGUUCCAGGAGAUACAGUGGCUAUAGGAGCUUCAGGAGGAAAAGAUUCAACUGUUCUUGCUCAUAUUAUGAAAACCUUAAAUGAAAGAUACAACUAUGGUCUAAAUCUUGUUCUGUUAUCUAUUGAUGAAGGUAUAACUGGUUAUAGAGAUGAUUCUCUUGAGACAGUUAAAAGAAAUCAAGUGCAGUAUGAUAUACCAUUGAAGAUUUUAUCAUAUAAGGAGUUGUAUGGUUGGACAAUGGAUGACAUAGUCAAACAUGUUGGAAGAAAAAACAAUUGUACGUUUUGUGGUGUUUUUCGAAGACAAGCUUUAGAUAGAGGAGCCAUGUUAGUAAAGGCAAAUAAGAUUGUUACAGGUCAUAAUGCUGAUGAUGUAGCUGAAACUGUGCUCAUGAAUAUUCUUCGUGGUGAUAUUGCUCGACUUCAAAGAUGCACAGCAAUAAAAACUGGUGUUGAUGGCGCAUUACCAAGAUGCAAGCCGUUUAAAUAUACAUAUGAAAAAGAAAUAGUUAUGUAUGCAUAUUUUAAGAAGCUGGACUAUUUCACUACUGAGUGCAUAUAUUCACCUAAUGCAUACAGAGGCCAUGCAAGAACGUUUUUGAAAGAUUUAGAAGCUAUUAGACCAAGUUGCAUUAUUGAUAUAAUCCACUCUGGCGAGAGUAUGUCUGUUAAAAAAGAAGUGAGAAUGCCUACUCAAGGGAUUUGUACAAAAUGUGGAUACAUUUCAAGUCGCCCUUUAUGUACAGCUUGUAUCAUGCUAGAAGGUCUGAACAAAGGGUUGCCAAGGCUUGGCAUUGGUAAAGUUCAUCAAGGCAAGGGUAAAGUUCUGCUGGAAAGCCUACUUCAAGAAUCGAUUCAAUCACCGGCUGUGUCAUUCAGUUUAUCAGAAUUACAACUCAAUUUCAAAACGUGUGUUUCUAAUUGUAGAUGUAAAAAUGAUAACACGUCUUUGGAGUUAAAAGAUGAUUACAAGUCAGUAUCGAUUAAUUUUGAAAAUUAUAACUCAGUUUGCUACAAUGAUAACUCAUAAUACGCGAUUGGAAACUGAAGCAAUUUUUUCAAAAAAUAUUUGUUUUUCUCUCUUAAAAUUCGUGGAUAUGUUAAUCGAGUAGAUUUCGUACUUUGA